AUGCAUACCACUCAAGGAUUGACCAGCCUCGAAUGCAUGAUCUUGAGGAAUUUUAAGUGGCCGGAAAUUAGCAUCGAGUUAGAUGAUCGUCGUCUAAUCCUCACAUCGGCAAGGGAUGAGUCGACGAUAACAUUUGCACAUUUUGUGCAAUCAGACACGAUGGGAGGAUCGUCACAACAAACAUCGACCAAUAGCGGCCCGAUGGAUCAAGAACAGCACUCUCCACCAACAAUCCGACGAAUACGUCGCAGUCGUACGUCGUUCAGUGAUGAUCAGCUGGACCAACUUGAAAAAACCUUCGAGCAAUGUAACUACCCGGAUAUUACGCAGAGGGAAAAACUUGCCAAAGAUACACAACUUCCGGAAGCAAGAAUACAGGUUUGGUUUAAAAAUCGCCGUGCGAAGCAAAGAAAAUGGCUACGAAAUCAAAGAAGAGACGAUUUGCCACUGAUUCCCAAUAAAGCACCACCAAAGGAGAAUACCAUAAUCAAAUCGAGUAGCUCAGCUAGCAGUUGCAUAGCAAACGUCGCCGUAGUAGAAGACAACCAUUCAUAUUGUAGCAAAUCAUCCUGCGCUGCACAACAGAAGACUGAUCCACCUACCUGUGGUGACGGCAAGGGAAUCUAUUGCCACGACCGUUUAAAAACUUAUGCAAUCAGCAAAAUAUAG